AUGCAUUCUUAUUUAACACAAAAUCUUAGUCAACCAUGGCCAAUAUUAAAACAUUAUGAUCAAGAUCAUUUAUAUAAUAUUGCUCUUCCACUUGGUGGAAUUGGUACGGGUACAGUGAGUUUAGGUGGACGUGGAGAAUUACGUGAUUGGGAAAUAGGAAAUAAACCAGCAAAAAAAUAUAGUACAGUAACAAUAGGUAAUGAUGCACCAUUUUUUUCUGUAUUUGUUAAUCAACCAUCAACAUCAAGUAAAAUAACGAAAGUACUUAUUGGUCCUGUUCAUCCAACUGAAUAUUUACAUUAUGAAGGACGUGCAUGUAAUCAUCAUGGUUUACCAAGAUUUCGACAAGCAUCAUUUGAUGCUGCUUAUCCAUUUGGAGUUGUUAAUUUAUCUGAUAGUAAUAUGCCAAUAGAAGUUCGUAUAAAAGGUUUUAAUCCAUUUAUACCAACAGAUGCUGAAUCAAGUGGUAUUCCAAUAGCUGUUUUAUAUUAUGAAGUAACAAAUCUAACAAAUGAAAUUUUAGAUGUUAGUAUAUGUGGAUCAAUGAGAAAUUUUGUUGGACAAGAUGGUAGUAAAUAUUUUAUUGCUGGUAAUGGUGAUUAUGUACCAAUUGGAGCUAAAAAUAAUACAAAUGUUUAUCGAGAGGAUUUUUCUGGACAAUUAAAAGGUAUUUAUAUGAAUUCAACUAACAUUGAUCCAAAUGAUCCAGCAUGGGGAACAAUUGCUUUAACAACAUUAGUUGAUUCACCAAAUGCCAUUGUUACAUAUCGUUUAUCAUCCAUUUCAAAUGCAUGGUAUCAUGCUCUACUUGAUUUUUGGGAUGAUUUUAGUACUGAUGGUACACUUCAUGAUAAAGGACAAUUAAUUGAUGAUAAUCCUAUGGCAAGUUUAGCUGUUAAAAAACAAAUUCAACCGAGUGGUGUUGAACUUUUUCCAUUUUUCAUAACAUGGAAUUUUCCUAAUCGAAUGGCAUGGUCACCAACUAUUGUUGGUAAUUAUUAUUCAACAUUAUAUAAAGAUGCAUGGGAUGUAUGUAUUCAAACAUUACCUCAUCUUGCUGAUUUAGAAAUGAAUACACUUGAUUUUAUAAAUCUUAUUUUGGCAAGUGAUUAUCCUGGUGUACUUAAAGAAGCUGCAUUAUUUAAUUUAACAACACUUCGUUCACAAACUGUUUUUCGUAUAGCUGAUGGACAUUUAAUGGCAUGGGAAGGAGUUUUUGAUAUAUUUGGUUCAUGUCUUGGUUCUUGUACACAUGUUUGGAAUUAUGAACAAGCUAUUGCAUUUCUUUUUGGUAAUCUUGCUAAAACAAUGCGCGAUGUAGAAUUUAAUUAUGCAACAUUUGAUGAUGGUGCUAUGAAUUUUCGUGUACAACUUCCAUUAACAAAACCACAAGUACGAACUGGAACUGCUGCAGAUGGACAAAUGGGUUGUAUUAUGAAAAUGUAUCGUGAUUGGCAACUAUCUGGUGAUGAUGAUUUUUUGAAAAAAAAUUGGCAACAAAUCAAAAAAGUUUUAGCUUUUGCAUGGCAACCUAAUAGUUGGGAUACUGAUCAAGAUGGUGUUGAAGAAGGAGCUCAACCAAAUACAAUGGAUGUUACUUAUUAUGGGCCUAAUCCACAGUGCAAUUUUUGGUAUUUAGGUGCUCUCCGUGCUGCAUAUGUUAUGGCAUCAUAUAUUGGUGAUGAAGAUUUUGCUAAUAAAUGUGGAUAUUUAUUUAUGCAUGGUAGUACUUGGGUAGAUAAUAAUUUAUUUAAUGGUGAAUAUUAUGAACAAAAAAUAAUUGAUCCAGAAACCGGUCAAUUUAUGUCUAAUGAUGAUUCAAAUGUACCUGAUUAUCAACUUGGUAAAGGUUGUCUUGUUGAUCAAUUAGUUGGUCAAAUGAUGUCUCAUGUAUGUAAUUUGGGUUAUCUUGCUUCAUCAACAAAUAUAGCAAUGACAUGUCGUAGUAUAUUAAAAUAUAAUUAUCUUGAUACAUUUAAUGAACAUUUUAAUAAUAUGCGUUCAUUUGUUAUUGGUGAUGAAAGUGGACUUUUAAUGGCAUCAUGGCCACGUGGACGUUUACAAUUUCCAUUUCCAUAUUUUUCCGAAGCAAUGACUGGUUUUGAAUAUACAGCUGCAUGUAAUAUGAUAUAUGAAAAUCAAACGCAAGAAGGUUUAAAAUGUAUACAAAGUAUACGAAAUCGUUUUGAUGGUCUUAAACGAAAUCCAUUUAGUGAACCUGAAUGUGGACAUCAUUAUGGACGAUCUAUGACUAGUUGGGCAACACUUUUAGCUUGGUCAGGUUUUCAUUAUUCAGCUGUAACAAGAACAAUGGAAUUUGGUGAUAAAACUGGUGUAUUUUUUUGGUCAAAUGGAUAUUCUUGGGGUUCAUGUUGGAUUGUUAAAGAUAAAACAAAAGCUCAUUUAACAGUUGUUUAUGGUACUGUUGAAAUAGAAUUUUUUGGAAUCAAAGGAAAACCAAUGAAAAAAUUACUCGAAAGAGUUAUAUUAUCAUCAACAAGUGAUUUGAAAACACUUACCAUUGAAUUUGAUGAUUAA